UAUCAAUUCAAAUCCGCCCAUACUCGAGAAUGCACUAAAGGUCAGGGCAAAGCGCACACAUGGCACCACCGGACUUACAAGACACCAAGUCCACUGACUUUUGCCGAUGAUACAUGUUACAGGGACCCCUUUACGAGCCUUACCUAUGGUGUUAUUUAAGAUCUGAAGUGGCUGUCGCUUUCCAUAGCCAACGCGACUCGUUCGGUCCAGUUCUGGCAGUAUGUUUACUUCUUUGCCCCUUAGUUGGCCUUGGUUGCUGACUUCGACCUUGAGAAAUGGCAGGGGGGGAGGGUCACGUAAUCUGCAUCAAGGAAGGAAGCCUUACACCGUUUUACUUCUGCAAGGCAGGAGGUUUGAGCGUCGCGGAUUGCAGGGAUUGGGGUAACCAAUGAAGGUACUGCCCGAGGGCAAAUUGCUGGUGACAUGGCUUGCGGAGAACAGCACGCGGCCUUGCCCCACAUCAAGGCAAGUGUACGACGGCUAGGCUUAAACGGGACUGAGCGGGGGCUUGUGAAGGGGUAGGUCAGGAACGGCUAUGUGUAUUGCGGUGUUGCAUGGGACUGAGCGGGGGCUUUUAAAUCGACAGGGAGGGGAGAGUGACAGGGAAGCGGAGGGAGGAGAGGGCAUGGCCGUUUUGGCUACGAGAAACGUUUGGGGCAGACACAGGAGAGCGCGGGGGGGGGGACGGAGAAGGGUGUAAGCAAGCGGAAAUGCGACAGGAAGGGGGGGAGAGGGCGACGGGGAGGGGCGAGGGGUGCGUGGGGCGACGGGCAGGGGCGAGGGGUGCGCAGGGGCGACGGUUUUCCACGGGGGAGGACAGGAAGGCUGGAGGCUGCAAGGGCGCCACACGGAGAAGGGCAUAAGGAGGCAGGGCCGCGCGUGUAAGGACAGCCUCAUGGGGAGACAGGUAGGUAUAGCGCGGAGAAGGGCCGGUUGCUGAGGAGAAUGCACGUCAACAUUGAAGCUUCUGAGCCAAAUAACCUCUUAGCACAGAACCCAGAUGCAUUGAGGAUCCAAUUCUUGUGUACUGCAGAUAAGCGUGUAAUCCAUGGCGAUAAUCGGUUCACCAGCACGAAGCAAAAGCCCUAUGCCAGGAUUGUGAAUCUGCGGGGCCUUAUGGCACAUGUGCAAUGAAGGGGGGAAAGGGGAGGGAGAGAGGAGGAGGGAACGAAGGACAGAGAGGAGAAAGAGGCGGGUAAGGAGAUCAUGCAGGUGUUAAGACAGGGAAGGGAAGGGAAGGGAUACCUGGUAAGGGAAGGUGGAGGUGGAGGGUAAUAAGAGCACUGCUGCAGGUCCUGCUGCUCUGUCCGCAAUUGUUACCGCUUACUGUCUGUAUGCUGUUGUUGCGACGCUUACGCUUUCCCCCACUGCCCCUCCUCCCGUUCCCCCUCCCCCCUAGCUCUCCUUCUAACACCUAAUUCUCCUUCUAACACCUUUAUGCCCCGCAUUCGUGGCGAGCUCCCUCGUCGCCGUACUGAUGGCCACCCUGCUGACCUCGCUGCAGCCCAUAAGGCAGCUCGGACUACUGCUGAGGCGUCCCAUGUUGCAGCAUUUCGCGUCCAUCGUCAUCGCAUCACCAGUCUCCUUCUUCAAACACCUCGUCGUCAGCCGCUGGCCCUUCAAGAAAUCCUCCGACGUCGUCGCCAAUUCCUCUCCGCCCAGCAUGACGCCGAUCUUACCUCCCACCCGGAACAAUAUGGCGUCAUCUAUGCGGCCUUCCACCUCCCAGAAGCUUCACGCAAGCGCUCCCGUGACCCUACUCUCGUCCCACUCUAUGUCGGCCAUACCACCGGUACUAUCUUCGAGCGCCUCGAGAAACACCUCAGCCGCGCCGGGAAUGACUUCCGUCAUGGAGAUCGCUCACAGCCCCUCUUCCACGAGGUUCUCCGCUAUACCACCACAGACCGCUUGGUCAUCGUCCCGCUGGAAAAGGUCGUCGUCCAAGGGCUCCCAGCGCCACUCGCCGCCUUCGCAGCCGCCUACCCGCCGCCUCCUCCAUCCCUCUCCCCGGCAGGCCUACCACUCCCUCCUGCCAUGCCCGCUACCGACACCUCCCCCGCCGCUCACCCC